AGUCGUUGCGAAUUAUGGCAGCCAAUCUACGACAUCGUAUUAUCUUUACUACGGUUUGCAUUAUGAUGGCAGGGAGGUUGUGGAAUAGUCGUCUGUUACAGAUAACAAAGCUUGGAAGACAUUUUUCAACACAAAGAUCAAGAUUAUGGAGACCAGACAAUGGAUACACUAUCACAACAGAAGAAAAUGGAAUAAGGACAAUUUGUUUGAAUGAUCCAAAGAAGAGAAAUGCUCUGUCGUUGCGAAUGCUGGAGACCUUAAAAACAGAUCUAUCACACGAGACUGAUGGCCUACGGGUCAUCAUACUUUCUGCAAAAGGACCAGUUUUUUCAGCCGGUCAUGAUCUUAAGGAACUGACAACAAAAGAGGGCAGAGAUUAUCACAGAAAGGUAUUCCAAACCUGUACGGAUGUAAUGCUGAUGGUCCAGGAGCUUCCAGUGCCAGUAAUAGCCCAAGUAUCAGGACUAGCUACAGCAGCUGGGUGUCAGUUGGUGGCAAGUUGUGACAUAGCCGUAGCAACGGACACAUCUAGAUUUGCCACUCCGGGGGUCAGUGUGGGAUUAUUCUGUUCAACCCCAGCAGUAGCUGUUGGCCGUUCAGUGCCCAGAAAGGUUGCCAUGGAGAUGCUGUUCACAGGACAUCCUAUAUCUGCCCAGGAUGCACUUCUACAUGGCCUAGUCAGUCGAGUUGUUCCGGAGGACAAAUUGGAGGAGACUACCAUGGCCAUAGCCAAUAGAAUAUGUGAGACAAGCAAGAGUGUGGUGGCUCUGGGAAAAGCUACAUUCUACGCUCAGAUGAACCUGGAGAGGAAAGAGGCCUACACGUUGACAUCAAAGGUCAUGGUUGAGAAUUUAUCGCUAGGCGAUGGACAGGAGGGCAUCAGAGCCUUUAUAGAGAAACGAAAACCAUCUUGGAAUCACAAAACUGAAAAAGUCCACUAGAUGAAAAGGAAUGAAAGCCAUCUUUGGAUCACAAACCGAAAAAAUUCCACAAGAUAUAAAGAAAUUGAGGUCCUCUUGGAAUCACAUUGUGACAAUAUAAUUCCAAGAAGUUGAUACAUGAGAUAAUUGCAGUGAGAUAAAAUUUAUGUCAACCAUGGGAGUGAUUGAUUGAAGAGGAGUUAUUUGUGAAAUUUAAAUCCUCAUUGAAUAUAUAUGAAUCUAAUAGAUAAUUAAGUAUUCAAUGAAUAUUGAAAAUAUUAAGCAUCCUCUCAAUUACAGUGUCAAGCAAACGUUAAUAUAUUGUAAAACGAAGUCCAUGGCUAAUAGUAUUGCAGAAGUGUACAGUUUUAAUACAAAUAUAUUUUCAUGAUUUGGAUAAUACUGUAUUCAUAUACUUGAUUUAUAUAUAAAGGUGCUUAUAUAGUCACAUUUUAUGUUUCUUUCAUACAUUUAUCUGAAACAUUUUAUGUCUAUAAGACAAUCAGUAUUUUUCUUAAACAAUAUCUUUAAAGUUAUUUAGAGGUCCAAAAAACAACCUCACUGUGGAGUCAAAGGUUGCACCAGGGAGGUAUAGUAUAGAUCAUAUAUCCCAGUUCAAACUCAGGAUAUAUGCAUAUUAUGUAUACAAGCUCUGCAGAUUAUUUGACACUUAAUUGUUUCAAUACCUUAGUAAAACAAUCUUGCUGGCAGAAAUUUAUAUGUGAUUACUGAAGUAAUUAUUUUAGUCUUUCAGAUAAUUUAGAGCAUACAUGUAAACAAAUUUAAACAGAUUUGUGCAAUGAUUUAUUAGAUCAUCCACAUGUUUGCCAUUAAUACCAACAUAAAGCAAGUGUUAUUAAUGAAAACAUUGAUUUUUGGAAUGUUUUCAGCAUAAAGAAUAUGAUUUGAUUACAUGAAGAGUAUGUAGUGGUAAUAUUGCUUGAUUUAUGUAAUAAUGUUGAAAUGAAAUUGUCUGUGAUACACAAAUUUAAAAUAAAAUUACAAAAAGGCGAA